UUUAAUAUUACAUAAAGGGACGAAUAUAAUACAAUAAGAAAAAAUGCCUACUUCAAGAUCACCUUCACGCUCAUUGUCAAGAGGUCGUUCACCAUCAAAAGGAUCUCGCGGAAGAUCUCCUACGCGUAGAAGUCGCUCUCGAUCUGCAGGCCCUGAGAAUUCACAUUCUGUUGUUGUCAGCAAUUUAACUCGCAAUGUUACUGAAGAACACAUUAAAGAAAUUUUUGGACAAUUUGGAAAGAUUACACAUAUAAAGUUUCCAUUUGACAAAGAAUUAAAUAUCAACUUGGGAAAGGCAUAUAUUGAUUUUGAAACACAAGAAGAUGUUAACAAAGCUAUCAGCUACAUGGAUAAUGCGCAAUUGGAUGGUGUUAAACUAACGGUUACUGUUCCUUCAAAGGAACGAUCAAGAUCAAGAUCACCCAUUUCUUCACCUCCUAGAGCAGCUCGUUAUUCUCCUCCACCUCGUUAUAAUAGAAGAGACAGCUAUCGCGGCCCACCACCUACACGUCGAGGAGAUCGAUUUAACAAAGGACGCCGCUACUCUCGCUCCAUCUCCCGCUCACCUCCUCGCCGAGGUGGAAGACGCUACUCAUACUCUCGUUCUCGAUCUCCACGCAGCUUCUCCAGAGACAGAUCCUAUUCUCGUGACAGGCGAAGCUACUCUCGUGGACGUAGCUAUUCUCGUAGACGCAGCCCAUCCCGUGGACGCAGUUAUUCUCGUGGACGCAGCUACUCCCGUAAUCGCAGUUACUCUCGCAGUAGAAGUUAUUCUAGAAGCCUCACUCCUCUCAGCCGUAGUAGAUCACCUCGUCGCAGCAGGUCUGUUCGUCGUAGCAGAACACCUCGUCGUAAUAGAUCCCCUGUUCGUCGUUAUAGUAGAUCACCUCGUCGUGGCAGAAGUUACAGCAUAUCACCUUCUCCACGCAGACGAUCCAUUUCAAGACGUUAAUGACAUCUUUAAUAUAGCUUGUUUAUUUAAAUAAAUAAAAAAAGAAGAAUAACAGUAAAAUUCAAAGAGACCCUCUAUUGCUCUGGAGACUUGGUGCCUUCAUCUUUUACCGCCAGACAUAUAAAACAUGCUAGUAGACUAUAUA